CUCUCUGGUCCCAACUCCCAAGUCUGCAUUCCACAAUCCCUAAUUCCGUCGAGUCCUCUGUGCUCUUCCUCUACUCCCGCGCACUGAGGCUCUUCCAGUUCACUUCCCCGCCGCACGGACAGUCGGCCACAGUCGACCCACGGCGACUCUGCUCUGCGCCUCUCAGUAUCACCGGUUUGAACUUUCGGAGGUCAAGCCAUGGAGGAAUCGCUAUCGGCGAAUGAUAAGGACACCAUGGUCACUUCUUUCCUCGAGAUCGCCGUCGGCCAAACCGCUGACACUGCCCGACAGUUCUUGCAGGCCACAAGUUGGAAGCUUGACGAGGCUAUUCAACUCUUCUAUGUUGGCAACGAAGGACAAGUGGCACCUGCUGCACGUUCACCACCUGUUGCAGAUCAGUGGACUAAUGAAAAUCCAGGGUAUGCUGUAUCAGCUAAUGAUAUUGACAAUGAAAGGGUUGGAGGAGAUGUUGAAGAUGUAGUGCGCGCUCCUUUACCUGUAAUGAGGGAUACACUUUAUGAUGCUGCUGCUUUGUAUGGAGCAUCAAGGACGGGAUACUCAUCCCGGGAACCCAGUUCACUUAUGGCUUUCCGCAACUUUAAUGAGGAAACAAAGCAUCCUGCGGUUUGGGAAUCAGAACAAGGUGCUACGUCCUCGGCAAAUACCCCGCGUGAUCUUGCUUCUUUAUAUCGGCCACCUUUCCAUUUAAUGUUUCAGGGGUCAUUUGAAAAGGCAAAAGGUGCAGCAUCUGUUCAGGACAAAUGGCUUCUCAUCAACUUACAGUCCACAAAGGAGUUUAGCUCACACAUGCUGAACAGGGAUACAUGGGCCAAUGAAGCCGUCUCUCAGACCAUUAGCACCAACUUCAUAUUUUGGCAGGUAUAUGAUGAUACAAGUGAGGGUCAGAAAGUUUGUACGUAUUACAAACUAGAUUCUAUUCCAGUGGUGCUAGUCAUUGAUCCAAUCACCGGACAAAAAAUGCGCUUAUGGUGUGGUAUGGUACAACCAGAAAGUCUACUCGAGGAUCUGGUUUCAUAUUUGGAUGGUGGCCCAAGGGACCACCAUAAAAGUUUGUCUAACAAACGCCCCAGGGGAGGUUCUCUGACACCAUCUAAGAACAAAGGCAUUAUAGAUGAAAUUAAUGAAGAAGUUGAGCAAGUGCCACAAGCUGUAUCUGCUGCGACAGAGAGAAUGGCAGACCCAGCUGUGGCGGUUUUGAACAAUAACAGUGUUAGUGACACCAAGAAGAUGGAAGAAGUGAGUUUGUGUUCGAAGACCCAGUAUCCACCCUUGCCUGAAGAACCCAAGGGCGACAAGACCCUCAUGUGUCGGGUUGGACUUCGACUUCCCGAUGGGCGUAGGGUUCAGAGGAGUUUCCUGAAAACUGAUAAAGUCCAGUUAUUGUGGUCAUUCUGCUGUGCGGAAUUGAAGGAAGCUCAGACAAGACGAUUUCGGCUCACACAAGCGAUCCCAGGAGCCAAGAGUCUGGAUUUCGAGGGAGGUCUGACCUUCGGGGAGUCGGGGCUGGACAACUCUAUGAUUCUGGUUGCGUGGGAAUGACCGGCCGGGUCAGUGUGAAGCAGCAUUCUUCUGUUGGAAAGGCUACCUACGGCUCCAUCUCUUCCCAGCCGUGCAAAGACCAAUUUGGCUUGCUUUUGUUCAGCUGUUUUUGUGUAAAUACUCGCGCGACUGUUCUUCCUUACCAGUGGUACAGGGUUCUUUCGUGUAUUGGGAGUGACACUGGUACAUUGUUAAGUUAAAUCUGCCGUGGUGCCUUUGCCCUCCGCUUCUCAUUUCCGUUAUGUGUUAUAAAAAAUUCAAGUUAGCAAAUGAAUGGGA